AUGNAAACGACAACGACGACUACGGAGACAACAACGACCACCACGGAAACAACCACAACUACUACGGAAACGACAACAACAACCACGGAGACCACGACAACUACUACAGAAACGACAACAACAACCACCGAGACAACGACAACUACUACAGAAACGACAACAACAACCACGGAGACAACAACGACAACUACUACAGAAACCACAACAACAACCACGGAGACAACAACAACUACCACUGAGACAACGACAACUACUACAGAAACGACAACAACAACCACCCAGACAACGACAACUACCACAGAAACGACAACCACGACUACGGAGACAACGACAACUACUACGGAAACCACAACAACAACCACCGAGGCAACGACAACUACUACAGAAACGACAACCACGACUACGGAGACAACGACAACCACUACAGAAACGACAACAACAACCACGGAGGCAACGACAACUACUACAGAAACGACAACAACAACCACGGAGACAACGACAACUACUACCGAAACGACAACGACGACUACUGAGACAACAACCACCACGUCGGAAACAACAACAACUACCGGGAGGACAACAUCUAUUGGUGGUGGAGCAGCAGCUGAUAUUAGUGAGUGCUAA